AGAACGUCAUUAGAUAUAGCCUCAAAUAUGUUCUAUUUUUUAAGAGCAACGGGGCUGGCAGGAUUUCGUUUCUCCCUGUCUCUAGCCCACACUCCAGUACAGUAGGUUGCGGUAAUGCACCAUAACGUUGGAUGCCAACCGCCGAUAAACCCCACAGAAGAAGAUCCAUCUGUGAAAAAGGGGGGCGUCAGUAAUAUGACAGCCUGAGAAUAAUAUUGUCGCAGUAUUAUAUGCACCAUUUCACUGCUUCGCGAAAGAUUGGUCUUUUCUAACAUAAUGACAUACUUUGAAUAAGACAACCUUGCAAUGGCGUGCCCUUUUCACCAGUCAGCUGAGCUGAACCCUGCACUGCUGGCAUUGGACUGGCUUCUCGGGGUCUGGGAGUCCGAUGAGCCAGGAGAGGGCUCCUUCUCCUCCAUACCGCCUUUCCGCUACAACGAGAGACUGCACUUCUCCCAUGUGGGCCAACCAGUCAUCAACUUCAUGUUUAAUGCAUUCCAUGCUGAGAAUAAGAAACCUAUGCACAGGGAGUGUGGCUUCAUCAGAAUACAACCAGGCGGCAACAGAGUAGCCUUCAUUAUAGCACAGAACUCAGGCCUGGUGGAGAUUGAGGAAGGAGACCUGACUGGACAGCAGUUAACUCUACACACCCAUGCCCUGGCCAGAACCUCCUUCGCUAAAGAACCCCAUGUACAGCAGAUUUCCAGAGUGUUCCAGCUGAGACCGGAUGGGAAGCUUGAGCAGACUGUCUCCAUGGCGAUGGAGGGUGGGCCACUUAUGCAGCAUUUGCACAUCACCUACCGUCGCUCCUCUUGACCACCAGGAGGUGACGGCGUAAUAACAAGCACUAGACUUUGUUAAUUUGAUUUUCCCGACCCUUAAUUAAUGCUGAUCUAGGUUAGUGUUGUGUUUUCUCCCAUUGGGGUUUGGGGAGGAUAAACCGAUUCUAGAUAUCACUUGUUACACAAGCAGCUAUUUAAGUGUGUUCAGCCCUUAAUUUAAUGCUACUAUAAUCAAGUUGUCCUUCUCAGAGGCUAUAUUGAACCCAAUGGAUAAGUGGAAUAAAAACAAAUAAUCUAA